ACAAACUAUUGCAAGUGAACAAUAAAAUGGUCGAAGCUGAAGUCAUGGACUCAAAUAUCUUCUAAAAGGCCAUUUAUUUAGUUAUAUACUACUUUCUAUCGUAUGAUUUAAAGCAUAUAUCCACAGUUAAAAUGUCACAGACCAAAAGAGCAUGGAAGCUGCAGGAGUUUGUAGCUCAUGGGGCCAAUGUGAAUUGUUUAGCAAUGGGUCACAAGACUGGCAGAGUAAUGGUGACUGGUGGGGAGGACAGGAAAGUCAACCUAUGGACAGCUGGAAAACCAAAUUGUAUAAUGCAACUGGAAGAAAGUGUUGGGGAAUUUACCUUGAUUGUGAGUCUGGCAGGUCAUACAACACCAGUGGAUUCUGUGAGGUUCGGACAGAAUGAGGAAAUGGUUGUUGCAGGGUCAAUGUCAGGGGCAUUAAAAAUAUGGAAUCUAGAGGAGGCCAAAAUAUUGCGGACAUUAACAGGGCAUAAAUCAAGUAUAAAAAGUUUAGAUUUUCAUCCAUAUGGUGAUUAUGCUGCAUCUGGAUCACAAGACAGUACUAUCAAGUUAUGGGACAUACGACGUAAAGGUUGUAUAUACACAUACAAGGGUCAUACAAAUCCGGUGAAUACAUUGAGAUUCAGUCCUGAUGGUAAAUGGAUAGCUUCAGGUGGGGAAGAUGGACUUAUCAAGAUCUGGGAUUUGACAGCUGGUAAACUUAUGACGGAUAUGAGACUCCACACAGCAGGUGUUAAUGUGAUAGAAUUCCAUCCUAAUGAAUUAUUACUGGCAUCUGGUAGCUCAGACAAGACAGUAAAAUUUUGGGACUUAGAAACAUUCCAACUUAUAUGUUCAACAGAUAUGGAUGCAAAUCCUGUCAGAUGUAUAUAUUUCCAUCCGGACGGUACCUGUCUCUACUCUGGUGUGAAAGAUUUCCUUAAAGUUUAUGGCUGGGAACCAACACAAUGUUUUGACUCUGUUCCCAUUUCAUGGGGCGAGGUGGCUGAUAUGAGCCUAGCUCAGAAUCAACUUGUAAAUAUAUUUUCAUUACUUAUACUAACAUGA